AUGUUUUAUAUUGUUAUAGGUAUUAUAGUAAAUAAUAAUAAUUCUGCGGCUCUGCUUCUAUAUAACUAGUUGUAUAUGGAUCGUCAGUUAAAAACUUUAAGUGGAAUACUUUUUUUUUAAUUAGUAUUUACGUUAGUUGCAACUGUACUAAUACUUGUUUAUAUGUACCCUAGUGUUCUAUUAGGUAAAUGAUAAGUUAGUUUAUUUUUUUUAAUUCACAUUAAUUAUGAAUAAAUUAGCUCCAAGCAAAUGUACGGUAUAUGUUUCAAAUCUUCCAUUCAAUUUGACAAACAACGAUUUACAUAAAGUAUUUGAAAAAUAUGGCAAAAUAGUUAAAAUUACAAUAGUUAAAGAUAAAACAACUCGUCAAAGUAAAGGAGUGGCAUUUAUAUUAUUUCUUAAUCAAAAUGAAGCUAACAUGUGUGUUAAAUCUACAAAUGGCAUACAAAUGUUUGGAAGGACGUUAAAAAGUUCUAUUGCACUAGACAAUGGCCGUAGUACAGAAUUUAUCAGGAAACGUCAGUAUACUGACAAAAGUUUUUGCUACGAAUGUGGCAAAGAAGGUCAUCUUAGCUACAAAUGUCCAGAAAAUUGUUUGGGUGAACGACAGCCACCACCUAAAAAGAAAAAAAAGAAAAACUUAGAUGGUAAUGAAGGAUGUAGCAAAAAUCUAGAAUCUUAUCAUAGCUCAGAAGAGGAUACAGAAUUUUAUGAUAGAACUAAAAACUAUGAAGAAAGAAAUAGUGAUGAAGAAGAAAGUGAUAUAUCUCAAAUGGAGACAUUAAGUGCAGUAAUACAAGAAGAGAAUAUUAUUGACCAGUCCAGCAAAGUUGAGGUGUUACAUAAAAAAGUAUACCGUAAAAAUUCAUACUUCAGUGAUGAGGAGGAACUUAUUGAAUAAAAAUUUUAAUUUAUGUUUUUAUUCUAUAUUUAAUCUAGAUAUUACAAUUCCAUAUUAAUUAAUAU